AUGGAUCACAUGAAUAUUACUAUCAGAAAGAAAACAAGGUCUUUCUCUCAAUCGGACUGUGAUACAGGAAAAGAUAUAACGACUAAUUCAUCACUCCUGGAGACGUCAACAAACAGCCUACCCUCAAUCUCAGGACAAAAUAAUUUUCUAUUGGAAGAAUAUAAACUAAAAAUAGAAACUUUGACUCGAAAUUUGGGAUCUGCAGAUCAAGAAAUAGAAAACAUGAUUUUGGAAAAUAAUGAACUAAAACGCACUGUUGAAAAACUCAAGAAAACGGUAAACAUGUUUAAGGAAAUUGGCCUAGCUGAAUCUUUUGACAAAAUUUCGUCCCCGGUGAUCCGUAAGAUUAGAAAGGUUAUAUCCCAUAACAGCCCACAAAAACCUAAUAAUGAUCUACGUUUGCAAGUAACUGUAUCUACACAAACAGAAGUUGAGUUAGAGAAUUUUGGAAAGUUGCCGAAAUUGGAGACAGAAAAUAUGAAGAGACUUAGGAAAGGGACGAAAAAACAACUACAACGAACAAAAAAACUUAUAAACAAUAUCUUUAAUUUGAAACGGAAGAAUGAAAAACUGAUCAGUGAAUUACAGGAAUGUCACUUAAUAGUAAAGAACAAACAAGAUAAAGAAUUUGAAGACCUGAAUUACUCUAGUCUUGGAGAUGACACGAUAAUAGGGAAAAACAACACUAAAGAAAAGAAAAUUGUCCAUCUACCCUCAUCCAAGGAGGAAGAAAGCCGAAAAGAACCCUCAGAAGAUAAAAGACAAGGGAAAAAUCAUACUGUAAUAGAAAGAGGAGUUAUCGAUAUUCCUAAACACACACAAGAAAAUACAAAAAAUAUUACCAACAACAACAAUGGAGACAAGAACAACACUUGGAAAGAAAAUGAGGUGCAAAACACCAUCUACAACUAUUCAAACACCAGUUCUUCAGUGCCACACGUACCCCUCGAAGUCGGGGAACUUGUCCACUGCGAGCGAGAGGCGCGCCACUGGUAUUGGGGCAGGAGUCUUCGCUCCGGGGCGGUUGGCGCUUUCCCCAAAAACUACGUUCUAUUUCGAGAGUGCAAUGUUGACAGGUGUGGUGACACCAUUUUGGCGUCGGCAGGAGGGAGCGGCGUGGUGCACGACAUAGCAGUCACAUUAAGAGAAUGGCUCAAGAUUUGGAAAAUCUUGUAUAGAGACAACGACGACCGUUUCAAGUUUAUGGAAGUAAGCAUGCGCGCGCUACUGGAGCUGCGCGCGCAGGCCGCGUCAGGCGCGCUGCCGCAGGACCAGCUGCGGCGCGUCGCGCGGACUGCGAUCUUCACUAUCGACAAGGGCAAUAGGACAUUAGGAAUGGAGCUUGCCGUGCGUACGGCAGGUGGACAAUUAAUCGACCCCCUUCGCGUUUCCACGUACAAAUUGAAUUUGCUCCACGAUGAAGCCAACGCACGAAUAGAGAAAAACAUGGAAACCACCCCCAGCAGCCCCGCGGCCAGCAUCCCGCCCGCCGCGCGCAACUACUCGGUGUGCGUGCGCGUGCACAACUUCGUGUGCCGCCUCAACGACUCGGCCGAGCUGCUGCUGUCGCUGUACGACGCGCAGCAGAACAAGCUCACCGAGCACCUGCUGCUGCGCUGGCCCACGCACAACCUGGCGCCCACGCAGGUCGUCUUCACCGGCGUUUCAAGCAAGUCAGCCUUAACUUGGAGGAAGUUAUUCGAAGCUUGGCGCCAACAAGAAAAACAAAAAAGACAAUUCCGCAAUUCACUUUACUCGCCAAGCGUAGAUGACCUGGGUGGCGACAUAAAGAGAGAAAAGUUGUUUCUCGUAUGCCACGUCGUGCGAAUAGGCGCCAUGGACGCGCAGAAUGUUGACCAUAGACGGAGCUCCAUCGCGCCCACGUCGCCGCCGCCAUCCGGCGCCACGUCCAUGCGGCGCCCCUUCGGCGUGGCCUGCGCUGACGUCACGCGCUACCUCGCCGCCGACCAGUCCGACAAGCACAUACAAGUGCCCUUCUACCCUUGUGAAAAAGAAAAGAUGGAGACACUGCUGAAGCAAGUGAUAAUGAACCAACGCGAGCUGAAGGACGCGAAGCAUUCGCAGGGGAUGUGGGUGUCGCUGCAGCUCGUCGAGGGAGAUUUGAAACAGAUUCGCGAGGAAAACCCACACAUAGUGGUAGGAAACACGGCUGUAGCGCGCAAAAUGGGUUUCCCCGAGGUGAUACUGCCUGGAGACGCGAGAAACGACCUCUACGUCACUCUGUGCAGCGGCUCCUUUUCGAAAGGAGGGGGAAAGUCCUCCGAGAGGAACAUAGAACUGACUGCAAGGGUUGUUGACAAACACGGACAGGUUUUGCCUGGCGUGAUUUCGAUAGGCGCCGGCACAGGCCUUGUGGACGAGUACACGUCUCUGGUUUACUACCAUGACGACAAACCAAGAUGGCAGGAGGUGUUUAAGGUGUGCCUGAACAUCGAGGAGUUCAAGGAGGCGCACCUGGUGUUCCUGUGCCGCCACCGCAGCUCCAACGAGGCCAAGGACCGCGCCGAGCGCCACUUCGCGCUGUCGUACCUGCGCCUGAUGCAGCGCGAGGGCACCACGGCGCCCGACGGCGCGCACGAGCUGUGCGUGUACAAGAUGGACCUGCGGCGCGGCGGCGGCGGCGGCGGCGCGGAGGCCGACGCCUGCGCGCUGUGCCUGGGGCUGCCCGAGCGCCGCGACGAGCUGCCGUCGGGCGCCGAGAAGGGGCUGACGCGCGGCGUGCUGGCGCUAGUGCACAAGGACUCGCUGCAGGUGGCCACCAAGCUCUGCUCCACCAAGCUCACGCAGCGAGAGGAGAUCCUGGGCGUACUGAAAUGGAGCACGCAGCUGGCAGAGGGCACCUUGCGCCAGGCGCUGAUGCGACUGCUACACGUACCUAGUGAAGAGAUAGUCAAGUUUCUUCAGGAUAUUCUCGACGCCCUCUUCAGCAUUCUUACGCAAGUAAAUGAAGAUCAAGAAGGAUACACGGACAAGUCGUACGGCGUGCUGGUGCUGGAGUGCUUGCUGCACGUGAUAUCGCUUGUGGCCGACCACAAAUACCAGCACUUCCAGCCCGUGUUGCAUGUUUAUAUCGACGAGAGCUUUUGUGAUGCGCUGGCUUAUGAGAAGCUGAUCGCCGUGAUGGUGUGGGUGAUCACGACGGCGGACGGCGGCGAGACCAAGCGCCUGCUGCAGUGCAUGAAGUGCCUGGAGUGUCUGGUGCGCGUGGUGGCGCGCAGCCGCCAGCUGCGCAGCGCGCUGGGCGACAGCGUCACGCACGCCGACUUCCGCUACCAGUUCGAGAGCCUGCUGAACGCGCUGGUGUGGCUGAUGCGCUGCGGCGACCACGCGCUGACGUGCCAGGGCUGCGCGCUCAAGUAUCUGCCGCACGCCGUGCCACACGCGCUCACCGUCUACCCCGAGGCCGAGCUCAGUGCCUACAUAGUCCGAGCCUUGGAGGCUUUACCUCUGGGUCGCUUAAGCAAACAAAGGAUGCUGGCCCUUCUGGAGCUAGUCCGAGGCCCCCUUUGCCGCGUACCGGCUGCCAGAGCUUUGUUUCUGCCGCAUCUAGCUAAGACUGUGAAAGCUAUGCUGUGGGACAAAGUGGAGUUGGAGCUAUGCGUAGAAACUCUCGGUGAGGUAGUGUCCUUGCUUACAAGAGACGACGUGGGGCCCGUGGAAGCGGACAUAGGCGAGUUGGCUAGGAGGUUGUUGCCCACAGUCCUCAAGACCACAGCCACUAUGUUGCGGGAAAUGAAGACCGAUGCGGGUUUCGCUGACGACCCUGUACUGAGACGCCUAAUCUGCGUCCUUCUGGAUAUGGUCCGUCAGAUGUCAGAAGAGCAGUACACGGCCGUAGUCAAAGCGUUAGAAACCGAGACGUACGCUGGCGCGGGGUCACUGGUCUCAGACGCUUUGGCGCUCAUAUUAGCCCUGCUGCAACGGCCCGUGUUCAGAGCGCAUUGGGCUGACAUGCUGCAUUUGCAACACUAUGUUAUGUUACACGCUCUUAGAUUACUAGGUACAACAAUCCGCGAUCGUCUGCGCGCUAUCGAUGACACAAGCACAGAGGCUCUGGCGACAAUCCAUUUGAUGUGUCGAGAGUGGUUCGGAGCUAUCACUGCAUUGGCCACGUCACCAACGCUGCAACUCGAGACUCUGCCAGCUGCGAGAAAACAGAGAGUGACCGCUUUGUACGGAGACAUCAGACAGACUGCUGCUGCUGCGUUGGCCGAUAUGUGGUUUAGCUUGGACGAGCACAAACGAUCGUUUAUUCCGUGUCUGGUGGGGCCCUUCCUGGAGGUGAGCUUCCUUCCCGACGAGGAGGUGCGCAACACCACCAUCCCGCUGUUCUUCGACAUGAUGCAGACGGAGUUCAACACGAGCGCCUUAGACGGAGGCGCGGGCCAGCUGAAGGAGCUGGAGAGCGAGCUGAUCGACAAGAUCGACGUGCUGGCGGAGCGCGGCUGCGGCGACGCCGAGUGGCGCGUGCGCUUCGUGUCGCUGUGCGGCGCGCUGUGCGGCGCGGCCGCCGAGCCGCUGCGGCCCGCCGCCUUCGCGCUCGUGGCCGCGGCCGCGCGCCAGCUGGACACGCUGCUGCAGUACCGAACUGCGGCGCUCCGGUCCGCGACACCUCACAGGAUGCAUCUAACGACCAGAGUGCUACACUUCUACGAACAAAUCGAACGGCCGCACAUGUAUAUUAGGUACGUGCACAAGUUGGCCAAGAUGCACCACGACGCGCACCAGUGGGCCGAGGCGGGGCUGUCGCUGCGCCUGCACGCCAUCCUGCUGGACUGGUCCGACGUGCCGCUGCCGCAGCGCCUGCGCCACCCGGCGCAGCCGCACUCGCUGCACCAGACGCAUCGCGACCUCAAGGAGGUGCUGUACAACGAGAUCGCGGAGCUGCUGAACCGCGGGCACCAGUGGGAGCUGGCGGUGGAGAUCGUGAAGGAGCUGGUGGCCGUGUACGAGGAGGAGGCGCUGGGCUACGGGCCGCUGGCCGAGCUGCACGCGCAGCUGGCGCAGCUGUACUCGCGCAUGCUGCGCACGCCGCGCUCGCACCCCGGCUACUACCGCGUGCUGUACCACGGCCGCGGCUUCCCCGACCACCUGCGCACGCCGCACGGCUUCGUGUACCGCGGCAACGAGUACGAGCAGCUGCAGGAGUUCAAGGAGCGCCUGCUGGACGAGUGGCCCGACGCCGAGGUGCUCUCCAAGCUCGACCCGCCCGGCGAGGACGUCACCGAGUCCGAUGGCCAAUAUCUUCAAAUAAACGCCGUAAAGCCGAUAAUGGGUGAUAAGCUGAAGCGGUUGUCGGGCAAGCCGGUGGCCGAGCAGAUACUCGAGUAUUACAAACAUAACAACGUAAAUAAAUUUGUCUUCAGUCGACCCUUCCACAAACCAGGUGCAAAGGGAUAA